AUGAUUUUGGUUGAUUCUAAGAGAGAUAUGAUUCAAGCCAUUGUACCACCCUUUUUAGUUUCAAAAUUCAAGGAACAUCUUGUUGUUGGAUGCUCAUACAUAAUCUUCAAUCAUUGUUUGAUCUUCGUUGAUGAAGUUGUUGCAUUAUAUAUAAGGAUUUGUUUCCAAGUUGGUGCCAAGAAGCAAAAUAUUCCAAAGAAGCAAAAUGUUCCAGUGGCCUCUAGAUUCGGUGAGGAGUUUUUGAUAAUCGAAAGCGACAAAAUAUGGGAUGUUUUUUAUGCAAGAUGGAGUACAGAGGGAAAUGUGUGUUGUUUGGUUGAGGCAUUUGAGAAUUGA